AGUGCUCAAAUUUUUCUUUCAUCUUUUUGUGCAAAAAUCGGACUGAAAAAGAAAGUGUAUAAAAAUUGUGUUUAAUAGAAAUUUUUACUUCAUUUAUAAAAGUAAAAAAACUUUUAACAAGAACACAUUUUACGAUAGAAAAAAUACGAAUAAAUAGUGACAAAAAUUAAAGAAGAAAAAUUAUUUUUUUAAUAUAAUUUUUUUCUGUGAGAAAAGCAAGGCCAAACAAAUAAAUUUGCCAAAUUGGCAAAAAGAAAAAAAAAAUCGGAAUAUAAGCAAGAAAUUGUGUAUUUUCAAUUUAAAAAAGUAUUAAUAGAGUUAAAUGCAUUAUAAUACACAAUCUUUGGAAAGCGUAAAAUAGAUUCUUGGGAGUGUUUAAUACAUUGAAUUAAAAAAAUUAAAAAGAAAAGGUUUUGCAUCUUUAAACGCUUUUUUACAUUUAACAUCGGGUCUUCGAAUCAAAAAGUAUUAAAUAUAAACAACAAGUUGCUAGUUUAUUAAAGAAAAGGGAGAAAAACUAUACAAGAAUCCAAUUGAAAAAUAGAAAAGAAACGGAAAAAGGCGCGGAGUAAUAAAUUAGUUAAAUUCUCAUUUGUUUGCAAAAUAAAUAUUAAAUUAAAUGGAACUAGAUUGCAAAUAAAAUGAGUCCAUAAGUUUUCAUUUGAAUUUGAGAAAGCAAUAUAAAAAACCGAGGAGAGAAAGAUACAAACUAGAGGCAGACAUAGAGAGUGGGAGCGUUAAAUUAAAAAAGAGUAUUUAAUAAAUUAAUAAAAAAACACACCAAAGAAUUACUACAUACACAAACAUAUAAAGUAAUUUUUAUUAUUUUACCUUAAUUCAUUUUUGACAAGUACUUUCAUACAAACAUUAAGAAGAUACAUUAAAAAGAAGAAUAAUUAGUAGAAGUAAAUAAAUAAAAAAAAUAAUUUUGAGAAUGGUCAAUACGCAAGAGCACAGUAACAAUAACAAGAGUGCAAAUGUUAAUGAAAUUGAACAGUUGAAGGAUUCGUCCACGAAUUCCACGACAACACCAUCAACUACAGCAGCAAGAAGCAGCAUUCAUAAUAGUGUAGGUUCUUCGUCGUCCACCAAUUCCGACUCAUCUACAACAUCAUCAACAUUAAACUCAUCUUCACCAUCAUCCGCAACAACACCUGUAAAGCCUUUGUCGUCUACAACAAAUUUUGCUAAAAAUGCUUCAGCACAAGCCGCUACAGCUGGUUCACAAACUCAUCACAAAUUGAUACCCAUACAAAGUGUACUACACACAGCUGAUCACCAGCAUUACAAUCAACAACAUCAUCACACGCAUCACAAUUCGUCUCUUAAUCAUUCAUCUGUAAACCUGCAGUUGCAGCAGAGUGGUGCAACUUCUCAUCUUAAUGCUCUUAACACCUCUACAUUACAACAGUUUCUUAGCGGUGGUGCCAAUACUAACGUCAACACUGCAGCGGCCACUCAUGCCCAGUUGCCAUCCGAGUUGCCACAUGAGGAUGAGGAACGCUUGGAAAAUCUCUUCAAUCAACUUGAUCGGGACGGUAAUGGUCGCAUCGAUAUACACGAUCUCUCAGAAGCCUUGCGAGAAUUUGGUCUGUCGAGCGUUUAUGCCGAGAAAUUUUUGGAACACUCUGACCAAACACAAAGUGGAGAUGUGGGACUCGCUGAAUUUGUUCAUUAUGUGCGAGAACAUGAGAAAAAUUUACGUUUGCAAUUUUCUCACUUGGACAAAAAUCGAGAUGGCAAAGUCGAUUUGGAAGAGUUGAUAACAGCAUUUAAGGAAUUAGGUAUUGAAGUUGACAUGGAAGAAGCUAAGAUAUUAUUAUCAAGAAUGGAUCAAGAUGGCAGUUUAAAUAUUAGUUUUAAUGAAUGGCGUGAUUUUCUGUUAUUGGCACCUUCAUCGGAUAUACACGACUUAAUUAAGUUUUGGCGGCAUUCUACUUACCUCGAUAUUGGUGAGGAUAUGAACGUACCUGAUGACUUUACAGCAACAGAAUUACAAAGUGGCAUGUGGUGGCGCCAUUUGGCAGCUGGUGGUGUUGCUGGUGCUGUAUCACGUACAUGCACAGCUCCCUUAGAUAGAAUAAAAGUGUUUUUGCAGGUCCAAACACACAAGACAGGAAUCUCAGAUAGUUUAAGAUAUAUGCUUAAGGAGGGCGGUUUACGUAGUAUGUGGCGUGGUAAUGGUAUUAAUGUUAUAAAAAUUGCCCCCGAAUCGGCUAUAAAAUUUGCUGCCUAUGAGAAAAUUAAACGACUGAUACGUGGCGACGAUAAACGUCAAAUGACAAUUGGUGAACGUUUUAUGGCCGGUGCUGCAGCCGGUGGCAUUUCACAGACCGCUAUCUAUCCCAUGGAAGUAUUAAAGACACGUUUAGCUUUGCGCAAAACCGGCCAAUACAGUGGUAUUUUGGAUGCGGCGAAAAAGAUUUACGUCCAUGAGGGUUUACGCAGUUUCUAUCGCGGUUACAUUCCAAAUAUGUUGGGCAUUAUACCAUACGCGGGCAUUGACUUGGCCGUCUACGAAACACUAAAGAAGAAUUAUUUAAGUAGUCACAAUACAGAACAACCCAGUUUUCUAGUAUUACUAGCGUGUGGCAGUGCAUCCUCAACAUUGGGUCAAGUGUGUUCAUAUCCUUUGGCACUAGUGAGGACACGACUACAAGCUCAAGUCGUGCUUAAAUCGAAACAAAGUGGAUCACCUAUGGGAGGCAUACCCUUGAAACAAGCUGGUGCUGGCAACGAUGACAACAUGUUUGGCGUAUUUCGUAAAAUUUUACGGACAGAGGGCAUUUGUGGUCUUUAUCGUGGCAUAACACCCAAUUUCAUAAAGGUUCUACCAGCCGUUUCCAUAAGUUAUGUGGUCUAUGAAUACUCUAGCAGAUGUUUGGGUGUUAAUAUGACAUGAUGUGUUUGCUACAAAACAAUCAUUAUUUAUAUGACUUGCUACAUUAAAUUUACAUCCGAACAAACAAACAAACUAAAUAAAUCAGCAGCUGUGCUUGCUCUCUUUUCUUCGUCAUCUUCUUCCCAAACUACUAUCGAUCUAACAUAUAUUUUAAACUCUCUUCGCCCGUCACCUUUCACACCACCACCAUACCCAACAACUCUAACCUUACUACAUAUAUAAAUUAUAUUACGUUUACUGUAAUCAUAACAUUUAAAAAAAAAAAAUUAGCCUUAAUUUAGUUUAAAUUAUUCUUAUUCUAAUUCUAAUUCUAAUUCUAAUACUAUAUUUUUAUUUGUAUUGUAUUUGUUAGUAAUGUUUUUUUAUUAUGAAUACAAAAGAAAGAAAACAAGUAAUUGAAAGAAUGCAAGAGAAGAAUGAUAAAAAGAAAGUUAAUUUAAUGCCAAGAAAAAGCUAAAUGAAAUUAUUAAAGAAAAAAACAGAAAAAAAAUAAACUUUCCUAAGUGAUACUAUUGCUAAUAUUACAUAUAUAAUUAAAAAGCUAAUACAAAUAAUAGUAAACAAACCAACAAAUAAAAGAUUAAACAUUAAUAACCUAAAAAACAACCUAUACAUACCUAAAAAUAUAUUUAUUGAAAUGCUAAAGAAAAAAUGUUAUAGGAUUUUUUUGAUGGUAUUUAAAUUAAAUUAGUUAUUUUUAAUUUAUUUAUAAUAAAUAAAUAACUGCUUUAAACUUUGACCUCUUUUAAGAUAAUUGAAUUACAAUUCUUUGUUUUUUAUAUUUAUAAAUAAAGUAAUCCUUUAAUUUUUGUAUAGAUUCCAAAUACUUGUAAAGUUAAUUUAUCUUAAUAUGAAAAAAAAAACAACAAAUAAAUAUAAAUAGCAAAUUUUUUAAAAUUAAAUACAAAAAAAAAUUAAUUUUUUAUUUAUCUUUAAAUAACUUGGAAAAGAGUCUUUUUCUUUGAAAAAAUGAAACUAAAAACUACUAUAUUUAUGAGGCUGAAAAAAGGGUUUUGUAGCUUUGUUAAUUUAGUUUUUUAACUUAUUUUUGAUAAAAAAAAAAAA